CCAAGUGAUGAACGGGAACCACCCAGUGCAAAACAGGAAGGGUUAAAUGAAACUGGUUCCUUUUUGUUCCUUUUUAUGCCUUUUGGGGAACUUUCAAAAGAAAUUUCUGUCACAGGAAGUUGGAGGGAUAAGAGGAUGGGUGGGUGUAACUCAGCUUCAUCCUUGUCCAACUCCCAAGUGAGCAGCAGCAGCUGCCAUUGGAUGCAGAUGAAAAGGAACAAUUAAAGUUUGGGAAUUGGAAGGAAUAUUGGACUCUCCAGGAUCCAUGGACAUUCCCACUGGGUGAUCCAUAGUGCUGCUGUCCCCUCCCAGCCUUGCCAUCCACAGAGAGCUGGUGUGGCAGGAAUGGGGACAGCAGUGCCAGGUGUCCCCCAGGAUCAGUAGUGUGGAUUUGGCUGUGAACAAAGGCUGGAAAACCUUUGGAUUGUGAAAUCACCCAUCCAGCCUUUGCCUGUGCUGUCGUUGGGACAUGGAGCACCGAGUGGAACCCCCUGGAUUAAGGAAAAUCCAGGGGGUAGUGGAAGACUGCUGAAGAGGAGGAGCAUCCAGAGCCUUCCCUUCUCACCAGCAGGACAAAGAAAACCCUGGGAAUGAGCUGCUGGCAGCAGGAAUGAGGGUUUUGGUCCAAGCCACAGGCUCCGCUCCCAAAGGGGCCCAGAUGCAGCAAAUCUCUGUCCCCAGGGUCCAGCAGGUUCCACAACAGGUGCAGUCUGUGCAGCACGUUUACCCAGCCCAGGUGCAGUAUGUGGAAGGAGGAGAAGCUGUUUACACCAAUGGAACCAUACGAGCUGCCUACUCGUACAGCAGCGAGGCGCAGAUUUACGCCCCCGCCGGCGCCACGCCCUAUUUCGAAGCGCAGGGAGGAGGAGGAGGAGGAGGAGGUGGAGGAGGAGCUCAGGUGACUACAGCGGCAUCCUCUCCUACAGCCAUUCCCUCUCACAACAUGGUGGGCAUCACCAUGGACAUUGGGGGAAGUCAGAUCCUCUCCGGCUCGGGAGCCUAUCUCAUUCAUGGGGGGCUGGAGAACUCUAGACAUUCUCUGUCUCACACCUCACGCUCCUCUCCAGCAACGCUUGAAAUGGCGAUUGAAAACCUACAAAAAAAUGAAGGGAUUACAUCACACAAAAGCAGUUUGCUCAACAGCCAUCUGCAGUGGCUGCUGGAUAACUACGAGACAGCAGAAGGUGUGAGCCUGCCCAGGAGCUCCCUGUACAACCAUUACCUGCGGCACUGCCAGGAGCACAAACUGGACCCCGUCAACGCCGCGUCCUUCGGGAAACUCAUCCGCUCCGUCUUCAUGGGGCUGAGGACCCGGCGCCUGGGCACCAGGGGAAAUUCCAAAUAUCACUACUAUGGGAUCCGCCUGAAGCCGGAGUCGCCGCUGAACCGCCUGCAGGAGGACACCCAGUACAUGGCCAUGAGGCAGCAGCCCCUCCACCAGAAGCAAAGGUACAGAGCAGCCCAGAAGAUGGAUGGGAUGGCAGAGAGUGCAUCCAACAGCAACCCCCACACCACGCCCGAGCAGUCGGUGGCUGCCCAGAGCCAGCACCACCAGCAGUUCAUAGAUGUAACCCAUGUCUUUCCUGAGUUCCCAGCCCCUGAUCUUGGCAAUGUCCUCUUACAAGAAGGGUUCACCUUGAACGAUGUGAAAACUCUGCAGGUUCUCUACAGGAGACACUGUGAGGCCACUUUGGAUGUGGUGAUGAAUCUCCAGUUCCACUACAUCGAGAAGCUGUGGCAAUCCUUCUGGAGUCCCAAGGCACCCCCUAGUGAUGGCCCCACUGCUCUGCCUUCCAGUGAAGAGGAACCCGAGGGGACCCUCCCAAAGGACAAACUGAUCACCCUGUGCAAGUAUGAGCCCAUCCUCAAGUGGAUGAGGAGCUGUGACCACAUCCUGUACCAGGCCCUGGUGGAGAUCCUGAUCCCUGACGUGCUCAGGCCAGUGCCCAGCACACUGACACAGGCCAUCCGGAACUUUGCCAAGAGUUUGGAGGGGUGGCUGAUGAAUGCCAUGAGUGAAUUCCCCCCGCAGGUCGUGCAGACCAAGGUGGGGGUGGUGAGUGCCUUUGCCCAGACCCUGCGCAGGUACACGUCCCUCAACCACCUGGCGCAGGCGGCGCGCGCCGUGCUGCAGAACACGUCCCAGAUCAACCAGAUGCUCAGCGACCUCAACCGUGUGGACUUCGCCAACGUGCAGGAGCAGGCCUCGUGGGUGUGCCAGUGUGAGGAGGGCAUGGUACAGAAGCUGGAGCAGGAUUUCAAGCUGACUCUGCAGCAGCAGAGCUCUCUGGACCAGUGGGCCAGCUGGCUGGACAAUGUGGUCACUCAAGUGCUGAAGCAUCACGAGGGCAGCCCCAGCUUCCCCAAGGCAGCCAGGCAGUUCCUGUUGAAGUGGUCCUUCUACAGCUCCAUGGUGAUCCGUGACCUCACCCUGCGCAGCGCCGCCAGCUUUGGCUCCUUCCACCUCAUCCGCCUGCUCUACGACGAGUACAUGUUCUACCUGGUGGAGCACCGUGUGGCCCAGGCUACAGGGGAGACCCCAAUUGCUGUCAUGGGAGAGUUUGGCGACCUCACAUCGCUGUCCCCGACGCUGCUGGACAAAGAUGAUAUCAGCGAGCUGAGCACCGACGUGGACCCGGAGCAGGCGCUGGGGGAGCCGCUGGUGAAACGGGAGCGCUGCGAGCCCGGCCACUCCCUGCAGGACAUCUGACACCGCCACUCGGCUUGUCCCCAGCUGGACCGAGCCAUCCGGAGCCGGGCUGGCUGUGCCCAGCCUGGCCCCCCCGGAUCUGCGUUAUUAUAGUGCCUCUUAGUUUCUCUUUAUGUUUACUUGUGUUUGAGGAUGGGCUGAGCCGGGGCAGGCGCUGGCACGGGGCUGGUUCGGCUGCCAGUGUCCCUCCAGAUGGAGGGAGAAGCUCCAGAGUCUGCUCCCAAGGGACGGAAGCCUCUGUGGUCAGCAGCAGUGGGAUGUGCCUGGCUGGGAGAAGCUGUCCUCGCUCUCCAGCCGGAGUGAGGAGCACAAACGAGGCUUCCUCUGUCAGGGAAGGUGCUUUGGGUUCCUUCCCCACGUCUCAGACUUCACUGUGAUACAAACUUGAACCAAUCAGUGCCCAAGAAGAAGGAAAAAUACCCGGCCCUUCUCCUCCAGCCUUUCCA